AUGGCAGGCAUCAAUGACGGUGCCGCUGCUGUGGCUCCGCUAACGACCAUGGCGUCUGCCAUGAUGUUUGGAACCAUUGUCUUUGCCACAGCCGCAAUGGCAACAAGAGGAUACUUGACGGCGGACCAUUUGCUCUUCAAGACGGCAGCAAAUCCUCGAUCGAGUCCAUUGGAUAUUCGAAGCUUAAAUUCCAUGUAUACUUUGCUGUAUCACUCCUCUGUUAUGGGUUUGAUUUUGUUCUACGCCUACAUUUGCGAGUACCACCCACCGUACGCCCAUUCCGACAAGAAUUAUGACGCCGACAUGUUUUUCUUUUGCACCGCGCUACUCUUUGUGGUUUCGGCAUAUACCUGGAGAAAACAUGACCAUUCUGUCGACAGCGCCCCGAAGAGCAUCCCAGAUGGCUCCAACGAGGCUGCUGCAGCAACUACUGCCAAAUCCAUUGUGGAACCCAAUGACAAGACGGAAAUUUUAAAUCGUGACCAAACCGAAGAAUGGAAAGGGUGGAUGCAGUUCAUGUUUCUGCUCUACCACUACUAUCAUGCAGAACCAGUGUACAACUCGAUUCGAAUCAUGAUUACCUGCUAUGUUUGGAUGACAGGGUUUGGAAACUUUUCGUUUUUCUACCUAAAGGGUGACUUCGGUGUCGUACGUGUCCUACAAAUGCUUUGGCGCCUGAACUUUUUGGUCCUUUUCUUGUGUUUGACACAAGGGACGACGUUUAUUCUGUACUAUAUUUGUCUAUUGCACACCUACUACUUCUUCAUGGUGUAUUUGACAAUGAGAGUUGGAUCUAGCAGGAAUCACACCAAGUGGUGGGUCCGCAUCAAAAUGGCCAUCCUGGCGCUUAUGAUCUUCCUCAUCUGGGACUGUGACCUUGGAUUGUUCAAGUACAUGCACAUGCCUUUCUUUGGUGACACCCCCAUGAUGGGUGCAGCAGCAGGAUCCAUGUGGGAAUGGUACUUCCGAUCGAGUUUGGAUCAUUGGUCGACGUUUUUGGGAAUGAUUUUUGCCCUCAAUUUCCCAAUUUGCAGUCUAUUCUACCGAAAACUAGAAGCGCAAAAACCCUGCAUUCAUUACACGGGAAAAGCGCUUGUUGGAAUUGCCCUACUUGUCGCCUUUUACUUCUGGGUGACCGGGCCAUUUAUGCAGAACAAAUUGGACUACAACCAGACCAAUGCCUACUAUGGUUUUGUCCCCCUGAUAGUGUACAUUUACUUCCGUAACUUGACGCCAUUCUUGCGAAACCACAGUAUGGAUCUUUUGCAUCAAAUUGGAAAAUCUACAUUGGAGACUUACCUCAUGCAGCAUCACAUUUGGCUCACGUCCAAUGCCAAGAGUCUACUGACACUGGUUCCAGGAUGGCCAAAAAUCAAUUUUUUACUGGUUUCCAUCAUCUAUGUCUUCAUGAGCCGAAGACUCUACUCCUUAACUCUAUUUUUGCGUGGCAUGAUUCUUCCCGACAACAAGGCAACCUGUUACAAGAAUCUUUUCGGAAUGACUUCUAUAAUUGGAUCCUUUGUCCUUUUGGCGGCAGUUCUGGAUCACCUAGAUAUGUUGACAUUGCAGGCCGUCGGCGUUGUUUCGGUUGCCUUUGGAUACAUGCUUUUUGAGUUCCUUCUCAGCUUCACAGCAAGAGCUGGAGGUACUAUCGAAGGCGCCAAUCCUUCCAGGAACAAUUCUGGAAUCGCAUUCACCACGCCUUACUUGGGAGGUGCCAUUGCUGUUGUCUUCUUGGGAAUGCUUUGGAAUCGCAUGACUUAUUUGGGUGCGACCAAAAUCAAGCCUCUGCCUGCUACGUGCAGUAUUUAUGCCAAUGACGGUGCCUGGGUGCCCUUCAACGGCUGCGACGAAGGAUCCAGAGGAGAAGCCUACCGAUCACUAGAUAUCGCCGCAGAGACUACGUGCAAUGGCCAAAACAAUGUCUAUUUGUGGGGUUGGCAUCAGCACGAUACAAAGUACCACUGUCGCUUCAAACAGCGUGAUGUAAAGAGUUUGAAGAACACACUAAAGGGACGAACCAUCUACUUCGCUGGCGACUCCAUGACUCGCUACAUGUACCAUUCGUUCUGCCGACAAUUGGGAGACGGUACUGCUGGAGCCUACAAUGCCACGCAGGGCAAGCACGAGAGCAUACACAAGGUCAUUGGUGAUAUCACUGUAGAUUUCUUGUGGGCCGGUUACUCUUCUGAUUUGGUAGGCGAAGCCAAGCGAGUUAUGAGCCUACCAGCCGAAGCAGAUUCCGGCAAGAGUAAGCGCCCAGAUUUGAUUGUCAUGGGAGGCGGUGCAUGGGAUCGACUAUGGGAAUACGAUUCAGACGACAAAAAGAAACAAGUCAUGGCCAGCUACCAAACACUUGCUACGCUUAUGAAAGACAUGCAAAACAUGGAACUUCCUGUAGUGUGGGUGACCCCUACUACUGUGAAUACAGCUGCUCUUCUCACCGAAGAGAAGAUCAAGAAUAUCAAUGAGGAAGAAAUGGCCAAGUUCCGAGUCGACCAAGAAGGAACCGGUAUUACUGGAGCUGCAUCCUUUGUCAUUGAUGGACCUGGAUUCACCAAAUCUCGUGUAUCGGAGAGCUUUGAUGGUGUUCAUUACCCCCACCAAGUGUACUCGGCCGGAUCCCAAAUUCUGGCGAACGCAAUGGACUGGCUAUUGCCCGAUCCAUUGAAAGGACCACCUAAGAGCCCUCCAAGAGUUGGAUCCAUGUCUCAAGUCAAUAUGGGGUUGAUGAUUCUGUUCUUAGCCUUCUUUGGACUCUUUGGGUUUGAUGGUUUCAUGGGAUUCUCCUACUUUGCCGCCAUCUUUGUUCCAAGUAUGGCGCCGUACCGACUCUACCACGACGCCUUCUCGUCGCUACACCGCCGAAAGAAUCUGCCCCCUAUCGAUGGGAGUGCAAAUAUUAAAAGAAGAACACCUUCUACCGAUCAGGUUGAGAUGGGCGCCGUGGACGAUGGGAACAAGUCGGAGGAAGAAACGAGCCCGUUGAUAGAGCCAGAAAUUGGCUCCAACGACAAGAAUUCGUAA